CUAACGUAGCACGUGAUUCCUCUGCUUUGGUAUUUUACGUCACAAAGGUAAAAACGCAAGGAAUAACCAAAAAUGAUAUUUUCUGUUUCUUUUUUGUUUACCAAUCUUUUCUAACGGUAACUAAAAGAAGCAGAUUGAUUAUAAAUAAUCAACCUCAUCUACACAAAAAAAUAUUGAAUCGGAAAAAAAUGGCGAACAUCUGCAUAGCGACGACGGCAACUAACAAUCAGGUGAUUCUCCGUGACUACGUGAGUGGAUUCCCUAAACAAUCCGACCUCUACAUUGCCACAACCACCAUUGACUUACGUGUACCUCCCGGAUCCAUGGCGGUUCUAGUCAAGAAUCUCUACUUAUCUUGCGAUCCUCAUAGCCGCACUCGCAUGGGGAAGCCUGAUCCCUCAUCCCAGGCUUCCAUGGCUCAUGCUUUCACUAUCGGCAAGCCAAUCUCUGGGUUUGGAGUGGCUAAAGCAAUAGAUUCAGGGCACCCAAAUUACAAAACAGGAGAUUUACUUUGGGGAAGAGUUGGUUGGGAAGAGUAUAGUGUUAUUACUCCAACUCCUUCUUCACAUUUCAAGAUUCAUCACACCGAUGUUCCAUUAUCUUUCUACACUGGACUUCUUGGUAUUCCGGGUCUCACUGCGUAUGUUGGGUUUUACGAGAUAUGUUCUCCGAAGAAAGGAGAGACUGUAUUUGUAUCAGCUGCAUCUGGCGCAGUAGGUCAACUUGUGGGACAGUUUGCGAAGAUGGCGGGAUGCUAUGUCGUUGGAAGCGCUAGCAGUAAAGAGAAGGUUGAUCUUCUCAAGACUAAGUUUGGGUAUGAUGACGCUUUCAAUUAUAAGGAAGAAAAGGAUCUUAGUGCUGCCCUAAAGAGGUGUUUCCCAGAAGGAAUAGACAUAUACUUUGAGAACGUGGGAGGCAAAAUGUUAGACGCAGUGCUCCAAAACAUGAGGACACAUGGCCGAAUCGCAGCGUGUGGAAUGAUUUCACAAUACAAUCUAAAGGAACCAGAAGGUUUACAUAACACAGCCACCAUUGUCCACAAACGCAUCCGUGUUCAAGAUUUUGCAGCUGUCGAAUUUUUUGAUAGAUACUCCAAGUUUUUGGACUUCAUACUUCCACACGUAAGAGAAGGGAAGAUAACAUAUGUUGAGGAUAUAGCCCAAGGACUUGAGAAUGGACCUUCUGCUUUGAUCGGACUCUUCCACGGUAAGAACGUCGGGAAACAACUUGUCGAAGUUGCUCGCGAGUGAGAUUAAAAUUAACAAAUGUUUUAUUACCGUUUGGUUUUAGUUGUUGCUGGAAAUAAGAUCGGUUUGUACAAGCUGUGACAAUGUUUUGUUUGUUGGUCAGAAAUAAAUGGACUUUGUUUGUCUGUAAAGCUUUGUUUCUGACAUGAGAUGAGCCGAGUUGAGCUAGAU